AUGUGGCUGGUGAAGGUGCCCAGGUACCUGUCGCAGCCGUGGUCUGGCGCUUCCGGGAGCGGGCAGGUGGGGAAGCUGCAGAUGGCCCGGAACCCAGGGAAGUCCGAGUUGUUCUUUACUUUGCACGAGGGACUCACGCGCGCUCCCGGGGAGCAUCCGGUGCUCCUGCGGGCCGAGAGGGCAGGCCCUCGCGGUGCUGGACUGGGAUGCACACCUGCCGCGGGGGAACGCUCCUGGAGGCGGAAGAGAACGCGCAGAGAGCGGUCUCGGCCUCGCAGCCUGGCCCGCACCGUGCAGGUCCCGCCACGUGCCCGGCACCACCAGUUACAAACCUGUCGCCAACCCUCCGCGCACAUGGAAUAUGAAAAGAAAAAGAAAGAAAGUGGAAAGCAAGUUCGGGCGGACAAAGACCAGGGGUUAGCCUUGCUCUUCGCUGCCUUUGAGGAACACCAGUGUUACUGCAUGAAGGACUUGGUUGGCGUCGCUCUGCAACUGUACCCGAAGGGGUUCUUGCAUGAAGUAGCUGUUCGGGUUGCGCAAGGGCCCCACGGGAGCGCAUGGAACUGGGGGACAACUAGCCUUCUUCUCAUGCCCGCCAUGUCUUGCAAGUCUAUGUUUGAGUUCGCUUUUCUUUCCAUGAUGCAGGAGGCAAUAUGCGGGUGA